AACUGAUUUAACAGUAUAAGCUAACUAGACUGUUUCACAAUCUAUACUUUUUCAAGAAUGUAUAGUGAGCCUUCUCUGAUUUACAACAUUUUUCGUGACGAUAGUUCGUGGAUCAUCAAGUCAUCAGAUAUCACUUAGGCCAGCAUGUAUUAUGUGACCCACAAUUUUUUUGUAUUGAUUAAUAAACCACCUUGAUGUUGCGUACUAUUUUGAAUAUUUUACGUAAUGAUGUGGGCCAUAUACAGUAACAAGAUUUAUUAUUAUUAUAUUACACUGAGUUAUUCGAUUGAACGUAGUUAAAGACGCAUUCCGAUGCGAGUUGCUGAUCAGCAUUCUCGAUGCAUUAAUAAUCGAUCUCACCCACGUUCCUGUACUUCAGAAUGCAGACAACGUGACAAGGAUCUGGAAGAAGCUCGUUCACGUGCUACUCAACUUGAAAAAACGAUGAGAUGGUGGUCAGAUUGUACAGCUAGCUGGAGAGAGAAAUGGGCAUCAUUACGUGACGAGAGAAAUUAUCUACGAGAGAAAUUGAGUUCAACACAAAAAUCUUUAGAUGAUGCAACGGAAAUUAUAGAGACGUUAAAAUUGGAAAAACAACAAUUACUUGAAGAUCUUUAUCCAUCGAAUAAUCAACUUCAUAAAUAUAACUCUAUUUCAACUAUGAAAUCUACCAUUAAUUUAAUUUGUUCAAUGAAACAAGAAUCUAGUCAAUCAGGAAUAACAGAAUCGAAUGCAGAUCAAAAUAUGUGCGCUAUUGAAAAACGAAACAGAUCAAAAAAUACUGGAAGUCAGUCAACUGGAUUUUUACAUAAUAAUCAACCUAUAAAAACACAAUUACUGGAAUUGUCGUCAACAAUCCGUUGGUGGAAGAAUCAAUGUAUGAAUUUAGAACAGGAGAUUCGCCAUCUGUUUGAAUCGAAUACUAAACAUUGGUCAAGGUGCAAAGUUUUAUCACAUAAAAAUUUCCUACUUUUGCAAGAAAAUGAUCUUUUAAAAAAAGAAAUUUCUAAUUUAUGGUGUAUUCGAGAUAAUCAACAUGAUGAACGCACUGAUCCAAUUUCUUGUACAAAUAAUUAUGGACCACAAGUAUCAAAUGAAAACAUCGAGUGUGAUACAUGCAAACAAAAUAUUGAAGAUAGAGAAACAUCAAUCGAGGAUUUAUUAUUACAAUUAUCUGAAAGAGAUUGUCAGCUAGAUUUAUUACAGCGUCGUUUAUCUUUUAUGAUACACGAACGUAGUGUACUUUGUCAUCAAUUAGAAGAAAUGAGUAUAGGAAAAGAUAAAUCUGAACAUAAAGGAUUCACAGAACAGAUGAAAAUUUCAAGUAAAAGCAUUCGGAUUUAAGAAGUCAGGUAAUUGACUGCAUAGAAAAAGAAUUUUUUUAAAAAUUUGGAUGCUAGAAUACGGAGCUUGUUGAAAUUGUUCAUCUCGAGGUUAAUUUUCAUUAUAAUGGGUUCACAACUAAACAUGUAUAUGCUAACCAGAUGAUAGCGAACGGCUAUUUUGUUUUAGUUUAAAUCUGUUUUGUAAUGGAUAUAUAUUUAGGAUCCUAAAUGAGAUGAAACCGAUAAUAGUUAGUUGAUUUAAUCUUGUAUUUAUACAUCCCAGUAUCUUUAUGAUUUGUGAAAGUAAAAUGUUAUGAAACACAUGUAACUGUAUUAUAUCAAUGUAAAUCACUUUUGAUAAAACUAAUCCUGUUAAGAUAUUAAUUAAAUAAUUCUGAAGAGUUUGUCAUAUGCUUCGUCUUAUGUAAUACGACAUAAAACCGUUUUAAAUAACCGAUUAGUUUAUUUUUAUUUCAGAAUAAAGAUUUCAUUCGUUUUGUGGAAGGAUAAUACCUUAAUAUCUAAACAGUUGAUUUACUAACCAAGAAUAUUCUGUGGUGGUCGAUAUUCAGUGUAAUCCUUAAACUUCGUAUACUAUUCGUCCUGAUAACCGUCAUUAGAUAACGUCCUAACGGUGUAUUAAUCAGAAGGCGAAUCCGUAGUGUUGACUAAGUUUAUUAUCACACCACACACAGAUCACCAAAAUUACAGGUACGCUAAGCGAGCAUGAAAGAGUAGUGUCGGAAAGCAAGAGGGCAAGCGAGUGAACGUGAGAGUCGAAUGAGUGAGCAAGUGAACAGGAUUAAAAUGUACAUGUAUACACAUAGUGACAUGAAUGAAUCAUCGAAUCAAUUAAGCUACUAAUAGUAAAGCUAGCACAAUGAAUAUAUGCGUAGGCUGUAAGCAAUGCUCAAACAUACAUAUUCAUACAAGUGCAACAAUAAUUAAGGUAUAAUGACUUAAGUUUUAUUUGUACGAAUGACUCUGUCCGUUAAAUGAGUUAACAAAAGUGCUUAACCAUAUUAAAUGUGAACAAACUCAAUUGCAUGUGAGCUGCUAUAAUUCUUUGUAAAAUAUUUUUACAAGUCAAAUUACUUGAACUAAUUUUACUAAUAAAUAAAGUAGAGAGAAAUUUCGGUCUUUUCUCCCAAAUCACAAAAAAUGUUCUACCUAAACACAAUGUAAUCAUUAAAUGACCUUAUUCAACACUCAAUAUACCUGCUGGCUUCAUAUAAACUGAUAAACUUGGGAAUAAAUAAAAAUUACAACUGAACAAUUUAUUUUAUUUACUUUCAUGUAGGUAGACAACAACUAGUGAGGAUCUUUAAGCAAAGAUGGAUAGUGGUCACCAGUGAAAUCCAAGACGCGCGUUUCGUCCUAUUUGAGACUCGUCACCCGAAUGUACUUGGAUCUCAGAGUUGAUGUUCACUUUGGGACUCAUGCAGGUACAUGAGGUUGACGAGUCCCAAAUAGGACGAAACGCGCGUCCUGGGUUUCACUGCUAGCCACUAUCCAUCUUUGCUUAAGAAGCUCGUGACUUAAGGCUAUAUCGAGGCAAUUCGCACAGGAUUCAAAUACGCCAACAUGAGACUGAUCAAUUGCAGUGGAAGAUACAAGUAAAACAACACCAGGUGAAUUUAAUUAGUGAGGAUGAUAUGAAAUUAAAUACUAUUUCUAAAACAUUUCUCACAUAUAAUUAAAAAAAUAGUAUCAUUUUGAAUACUAACUGAAGUAACAAUAAUAUUGCAUUGAUAUCUGUUGUUUUAUUAGAACACUAUUCAAACCAGAAUCGAAUGUUUUUCACAGGUUUCAUUGUUUAAUUUUUUUCUGGUUAGCGUUUUUUUCGCGAGUUAGUUUUCUACGGGAUGGCGUUGCUAACUUCAUGUCCAACCCUCCUCCUUUAUCCGGACUUGAGGUCGGCAGUAGCCCCAGAGGGGCUCCAAUUGGAGUUAGUUUUCAUUAUAUACUUCCAUUAAAUUUAUACAUCUUACAUAGCAUUGAAGUAACCGGCUAACUUCAAUAUUAUCCAAAUGAAAAACGAUUGAUAGAAUUUCAUUUAUAAUGCAAAAGGACGAAUGUUGGUCUGUGUUGUUUUUCAAGUAUUCCAUCUAAAAUCAUGAUCUUGUUGCCAUUUUUCUUUUAUGUUUAAACAGCAUGUUAUAUAAUGAAUAUUGUUAAAUUUACCAAUGUUACUUUCAAGAUUAUAGAUAUGUUAUCAGUAUAGAGACACUAUAUGACUUUGUAAAUGACAAGACUUUGUUUCAAUCAAAAGAUAAUUUGAUUUUUAUCAACCAUUUAAAUUGAUCCCAUUUAAAUAUCUCUUCUUGUUUUAGACAUAUCUUACUGCCAAGAAUAUA